AUGCCCACAAGUCCGGUACCACACAUCAUGGCCCACAGCUGGACCAAACCACCAAAGGAAUCCACCGUCUGGUAUCUCUCACCAGAAAUUGGUCAAAGCGCCCGGCUAGCUCAAUCGGUAGAGCGUGAGACUCUUAAUCUCAAGGUUGGGGGCUAUCUUCUGUCUGUCAGAGUUGACAUUGGUAACGAAAAUCGGGAUUUACAAUGUCGUUCCUGA